AUGGCUGCUCUUAUCAAUGACCUGGACGAGCAUGCCGGACGUCUUGCACGUGACAUACAACAGCACUGCACCAACGCUCAAACCCGCCUUAACAACGUCCUUAAACAGACUGAUAUCCAACCCAAAGCAGCGCUCUACUCUCUCCUCCUCUUCGCCGCAUUCACAUACUUCACCAUCGCCGCCACCAACCUAAUCCGCGCCCGCAGACAGAACAAUCCACGACCCAGUACGCCCAACCUCGAAAAACGAGGCCCGUUCAAAACACCGGAUCGCCCUCCAGGAGUAUGGCCACCCUCAGACUUCACCCGGCCUCCGGCGACCCCCUACCCAUCCUUUUCUCUCACUACCACUAAGCCCCUCCCUUACCGUCCCUUCCGCCACGGCCCGAAGUACAAUAUCACAAUGGGUCUUCGCAACAUGAACUGGGACGAAUGGAUAGAACUCGACAAUCACUACAUGCAGUUCCACGACCUAAAAGCAAGAAGGAUAGAAGAGCGAGGAGCGAAAUGCAUCAGAACAGCCCCAGAAGCCGUCGCCGCCGCAGUGGAACUCCUCGAGGAAUUAUCUUCCUACCUACCACAACGUUAUCCCACCGUUUUCCAGACCAUCCCCCCUUCCGAGGGUAUGGAAAAUGGAUUCAGGAAUUUGGCCACGGGCGAAAUCUUCGAUGUCGAAAGACUGGAAAGGAAUGGUGGGAGGGAAGAUGCGAUGGAGAUGUGUGCAAGGUUGGUUCAAGAUGAUCUUGCUAUUAUGGUGGAGAGGGAAGAUGGACAGUACUACCUCCUCGCUGGCGCGAUACUCUUGGCGGGGUUUUGGCGGUUGGAGGAUAAGUUUGGUAUGCCAUUGUCUACUAUUCAUACUAGUGGGGAUGUGCCUGGGUAUGUUCUCUCCGCUCUUCUCCCUCCACCUCCAUCCUUCUCCAUCCUUCUCCAUCCUUCUCCAUCCUUCUCCAUCCAACCCCAGCCUCCCUCAGUCGAGCGCGAUUUGCUUACAAUACUGAACAAUAGUUUCAAAACCAAGCUCGAAAAACCAAUGUCCAACUUCUUCCGGCGAAUCCAACCCCAAUCCCCCGUACUACGAAACAACUACUUCAUUCAAGUCGACGACAAUCUCGCAUGGAGCUCUAGUAUAGGACCUGAAGAUACAGAGGGAGAAGGCGGGAUAGGGUGGUUUACAGCGGAGAAGAAUAAAGCGGUUGAGCAUCAUUGGUUUAGGAGUGAGAGGCAGAGCUUGAGACGGUAUGUUAUCCGUCCUUAUCUCGUAACUCAGUUUACUACAGUUCCUCGCUCAUCCUUUCUCUUGUUCUGUCAGAGUAAGAUCAUGCUGACGCAGCGGUACGUUAGACUCCCCAAAUCCGGCGGCGUAGUCUUCACAAUCCGGACCUACUUCCACCCCAUCACGGAGAUCGCACAGGAGCCCUACGUACCGGGUAGACUAGCCAGUGCGAUUCGUUCUUGGGGAGACGACGUGAGUCGGUAUAAGGGGAGGGAGAUGUAUGGGGAUGUACUGUUGGAGUAUUUAGAUAGGAAACAUCAAGAGCAGGUGGAGGCGGGGUUGGAUGUUGAUGCUGAAGAUGGGGUGAGGGGGUAUCCUUUUUGA